AACGGAAGUAACCGAACCGUAGUAUCGACCUUGACCCUCAAAAGCAAAACACUGAAGUAUCAGUGAAAGAAAUGUGAAAUGGCAACAAGAGUUGUUGGUGCCACUAUUCGGGCAGUCUCGAAGAAAAGGACGAUGAUCCCGACAAAAGCACCACUUAUUUUGACUAAUUCUGCUGUUAAAAAGGUGAAAGAAUUGAUGUUAGAGAAACCAAACAUGGUUGGUUUAAAGAUUGGUGUGAAGACUCGAGGAUGUAAUGGUUUGACAUACACUUUAGAUUACUGCAAUGAUAAAGGAAAGUUUGAUGAAAUAGUGGAGCAAGAUGGUGUAAAAGUAGUGAUAGAUGCAAAAGCACAAUUGACUUUAUUAGGAACAGAAAUGGAUUAUGUGGAAGAUAAACUUUCAGCAGAAUUUGUGUUUAAUAAUCCUAAUAUAAAAGGAACUUGUGGCUGUGGUGAAAGUUUUAGUGUAUGAUAAAAGUUAAAAAUAGUUAUAAAUUUAACUUAAAAAGUAUUUGUGAAGAAGGGGUUACUGUUAUCGUUUGAAUGAAGUUAAUAUGAAAUGUGACUGAUAAGUGUGUGAAUAAGAGUGCAAAUGAUGGAGUUGUUGUUUAUUUAUAAGUUAUUUUAUAUUUGUCAAGUUGUGCUUCAUGAGAAUAUUUGCCACCACAGAAUUUUUCUAUAUAGUAAGAGUCUCACAGCAUGUACAUUUCAUAAAAUGUUGAUAGUAGAAGUUAAGCAGGUCAAUAAUUAUAUCUCAUUUCUAUAUUGGUAUGUCAUAUAAAUAAGGGUUGCAACAUUACAAUGGAACCAGUACUUCAAUGUAUUGAUUGUUAUUAAAAACAAUAUAGAAUUAAAACAGCUACUGUUGAGUUUUGAAAUUAGCUGCACAAAUUGUUAAUCACACUUAUUUUUGAAUCUGAAAGAUUUAUAAGUUUAUUGAAUAUUAAAAAAAAAAGUGUUUGACUUUCUUUGAACAUUAAAAAUAAAAUUGUUUGACUUUCCGUAAAUUUAUAUGGUUAAAUGCUUGAAAUAAAUGAUAUAAGUUAUAGUAUGUUUUGAUAAAAUUUUAAAAAAUUUAUUUGUAUGUGACCUGGCAGAAUGACAAUCUGCAACAUAACAGUGCAAUCUCUAAUGUUGUUGCUAAGGUAAUAGCAGCUACGUUACAGUUGUUAAAUAAUUAAAAUUCAACAAGGUAUAUAAUAAAACGGGUAAUUAUAGGAGUAACUUGACCUAUUACACACACUGCUUUGUGACAUCCUAGCCUAGUAAAAUCAACUUUAAUUGAAUACAAGUUUCAUAAGGAUAAGAUAAGGAUACUUUUAUUAUAAUUGGAAAGGUUUGUGUUUUUAACAGAAAGAUAUAUUUAACUCUUCCGCACCUAGGUAUUUAAUAGUGAAUAUUCAUGUGUAUUUUGUCAAGAUUCAUUUUCGAGGUAAGAUUUUAUGCAGUUUAUAAUUGCGAUUUCCAUGGUUUU